CAUUAGCGUGGGCCCUCGCAAUGGCCUCGAUCUUGGGAGAUGGAACGGGUCCUGGAGGCCCCGGGCCCUCCCGAUGCCUCUUGCUUCUGCAGAGGUCCCUGGCGAUUCAGCUGAUUCGAGGAUCACCUCCUCACAUUGCAAACGCCGGUCAACGGGAAAGUCCAAAGGAACAUCCAGCCGAUGAGAUGUGGAUGUACGAUAAGGGCUACAAUCUGUUUCAGAGUUUCUUGGAAGCGAAUUCCAAAUGCUGGUGGAACGCAGCCCUGGUGGAUGCAACCCGGCAGCUGAGGUACAAGGGUCACGUGUCGCCGGGUGUGCUGAUGGUUAGCGGACCGCCCUGCGCCCUCGAGGUUUUGAGGGCGGCAUGGGCGCGAAAUGUUCUACGACCACCCGCGGACCAUUCGAUCACCUGCCUCGGUGAUAUAGAGGACUGUCUAGUGGCUCCAGUUUCCCAAGGUCAGUUCACGCCGCUGCCAGAAGCCUUAUGUUGGGCGAUUCUGGAGCUGACUUCUCAGAGGCAGGCGGCGACCUUGGACACCCUCAGAUCAGCCCUGAGAAAUGCCUUCCCGGCUAUGCAGAGGCCCAGCCGAGAGCUCGUUUACGACGCGCUCGCCAAGCUCAUGCAAGAACGAAAGAUCUAUCACACGUCUCAGGGCUACUUCGUUGUAACGCCCGAGACCAAAAGGCUUAGACGUGACUCCGGUAGCUCCAGGCGGUGUUCCAGGGACGUAAACGGGUCCAGAGGUCAGGGUAGUAUGCUGAUGAGCAACGACGAGGCGGUGGCACUCGUACACGGUGAGAUGCUCACUCUGCGAGACGGCGAUGUUACGCAUCAGGCUGUACAGACAAACCUGGCGGACGUUAUUUGCGGAGGAAAUCCCAAUGAUAAAGUCCUGUUCGCCAGGUGUCGGUCGAUGCCCGGCCGUCUCGAAAGGCGACAUUCUCUACGGCUUUGGGGCUCGGCCAGACGUUUACACAGAAGCGGAAGUUCACGGUCCUUACCACGACGACCCGAAAGGAGUGAUACAUCUUCCAGCGCGGAAUACGCGAGUACCGACAGUGCGCCUCACAGUCCAACCAAGAAGAUAGGCCUGCUCUCCAGGCUCUUUCGGCGGAGCACAAGGAGGAAGGGCGCACCGUUAAUGGGCACUUUCAGUGCUCAGUAUCCCCCCACCGAGUGGUUUAAUCCGCGUGUCGUACAUUUGCAUAGCGUUGCCACGCAGACAAGGGCCGCCAGCCCUUCGAUGAUGGAAGGUUUAAACCAAUCGCAGGCUAGUUUCCAAGUGUGGGAUGAUUCGAGCUCGGUGCGAUCGGCCACUUUACCAAGGCGACAUCGGCGUCAAGCCAGCGGUGACUCCUCGAGUUUAUUGGCCAACUCGACGCCAAGAAGCUCUCGAAGGCAUCGAUCACCGUGCUCUACUCUGCCGAGAUCCAAAUGCUCAAGCUUGAGCAGAUGUACGUCUAGAGCAUCUGUUCUACCGCCCAGCACCAAUCAGGAGGGUUAUCAAACGCGUAAUCAAACACAGAACGAUAAAAACUCGACGAAUUCGUCACCUAGCAGAAGCGGUGGUAGCUCUGGUUCAGUUAGAACAAUGAAUGCGAGUCCGGCUAAAACGACAACGUUGGGUAGGCCCAACACUAGGCAGACCAACUCAAGAAGACCGAGUCAUGACUUCAGCAACAUUGGCACUAAAUCGACCAACGGUUCCCCACAACAUAAGGUGCUGCAAAAAACUUCGUCGGGUCAUUCAUCUCAUUCUAGCGGCAAGUCAAUUUCCAGUACGAAAUUAACUUGUUCGCCAUUGAAAACGGCCACACUAUCCACGAAAUCGUCACCGCUCAAAGUCGUUCAGCAAGGUUCGCUGACUCCUCUGCAAGAGGCGCAGAACUCGAUAACUCUUCAGGUGUCUACCAAUCUAAGUCCGUCAUCACAGGAGCAACGGACGAUACAGAAUAGCGUGACGUUGGCCUCCAAUACGACCAGUACGACGACCAUUUCCGGCUCGCCUGGCACGAAGAUCUACGUUCAGCAGAACAACUCACCGAUGAGGUCCGUAAUCACUUUCGAGAAUGGCACGGUGAAGACGAAGAUUGCCGAGAAAGAAGUUAUCGAUUGCAAGGAGAAGCAGGAGAGAGAGCUAGUAGCCGAGAAAGCCUACAAGACCCGGGUGGAUGACGAGAAGCUUUUUAAAUCGAAACUUGAUGACGAAAAGCUGAACAAACCGAUCAAGGCCGAGCGUCCGUCGUCACUCUACACGCCGAAAGAUCCAAAAACGAGUCUUCUGCUAUCGGAAUCUGACAAGGAGAACAAGCCGAAAGUCGAAGAUGAAGUGCCUAACAAGCUGAAGCUAACAAACCGUUUGAAUAAUAGUCAAGCCCACUUGAUCGAUGCCUCGGCUAACAACGUCGACAAGAACGCUCUGGUACAGGAGGCUGCUGCGUUGUCCACUACAAAGAACACCAAUGAUGCGAUGAAUAACUCGCGUAAGCUUAGCCUGUCGUUAUCGAAGGACGCGCUGAGUUAUCGCAAUCUACUUCAUCCCGGUUCGAAGAAUAAUAUCGUUUCGAAUCCGCCGUCUCCUACCAAGUCGUAUGAUGGUUUUGGUGGCUCUUUCAAUGACGUAUACAUCGAGAAUCUCGAGACGGUGAAGCAGCAACGAGCUCCUCAGGGCUCCGAGCCCAACUUAGAGAAGACUGUGAGCCGAGGUUCAGAUUUGCACUCUUAUCCCAGUCUCAGCGACAUGCAGGUGCAAUUCACCAGCCUAGCGGCGCAGAAAAUCCUCAAGGGCUGUCCGAUUAACAGCGUGGAUACCUUGGUAGAGGUGAACAUGGCGGCCGCCGAUAAGCCCAACAACUGUGACGUUACCGUUCACACGGAUUUUGGCCUCGUUUGAAUUUCAUCCCUCUGAAUAUCGAUUAUUAUACCAUGAAGGUAGGACAAGGAGCUAUUGAUCCUUACGUCCUAUCUGAACAUAUUGCGUCCAUGAAAAAUAACGUGCCUCGAGGCGAGCAGUAUCGAAGAAACGUCACUAACGCCUUGCUUCUCAUAUAUGAGAAUAGAGAGCUACUUUUUAAAAUUUUUGUUUAUUAAUGGAAAAAGGUCACGGCUUGCGUAAGAAUAUUACACACGAAACACGCGUAACAGUUACCAAUGAUUUGUCGUUUACAUAUAUUUCUUCUUCCUGUGUCUUUUAAUGAAUCAUUCAUGUUCUUGAACAUG